UAAUUUUCUUCGCGUGGCCCAAAAUAUGUUUUUAUUUUGCAGAUCAGGAAAACUUUUUAUCACCGGGGUAAAGUUUAUGGUCUGGGCCAAUCUGGGCUGUCCCUAUAUCUUGGGCCCUAUUGUGCCAACGAAUCGGACGAUUGCCUAUUGUCAUCAAACGGCGCCGUCUGAACCCAGGAAGCUUCUAUGAAAACUGUGCCGUUUUGUUUUCAGACAAAUGGGGAAAACUGCUUCGAGGCGAGGCUUUGACGUGACGAGUCCCUUCCUCUUCCUUCGUUUCUUUCUAUCUCCAAAUCCAAGGACCGGAGAAUUGAGAAUAAGCUAUAAUGGCUUUUGCUUCGUCGGUUCACACUUCCGUGGCGGUUCAGCGCUUAUCAUUCUCUCUCUUUGACCGCCUCCUCGGGGGCCAAUCCUGGCCCACCCAUUUGUUUCUGCCACUUCCCCCUCGCCGCCGCUCCGUACUAGCUCUCUCGCGCCGUCGAAACCCCAGCUCUUCCACCCCUGCGUCUUCCUCUUCGAAGAGAAAUAAGAAAGUCUUGCCUCGUAAUGAUGCUUUAGAAGACGACGUUAUAGACGAGGAUGCCUUUGACGCACUCUUUAGCCAACUGGAGGAAGAUUUAAAGAAUGAUGGGCUAUCCCUAGAUGACGAGGAUGAUGAGAUAAGUGAAGAAGACCUUGCCAGGUUUGAACAAGAAUUAGCGGAGGUACUAGGAGAUGAUGAUGUAGAAAUGGCGAUUUCAGCUGCAGAUGACACUGAAAGUGAUAAUGAUGCUGAAGAAGAUGACGAUGAAGAAUACGAAAGGCCGGCGAAGCUUAAAAAUUGGCAACUUCGAAGAUUGGCUGCAGCUUUGAAAGCUGGCCGCCGAAAAACUAGCAUAAAAACUCUUGCUGCUGAGCUUUGUCUCGAUAGGGCUGUGGUUCUUGAAUUGCUUCGUGACCCUCCUGCAAAUCUUUUAAUGAUGAGUGCUGCUUUACCUGAUAAACCAGCACCGAUAGUUUCAGUAGCAGUGCCUGAAAAUAAACCUGCACCCACAGAAAUUCCUAGUGAAACAAGUGCGGAUGCAGCAGAACCUAAGACCAAGGGGCAACUGCCUGUCCAUGUCAUGCAACAGACAUGGAAUGCUCAAAAGAGACUGAAAAAAGUGCACGUUGAAACCCUUGAAAGAGUUUAUAGGAGAACAAAACGCCCUACUAACUCAAUGAUUAGUAGCAUAGUGCAUGUGACAAAUCUACCCAGAAAAAGAGUUGUGAAAUGGUUUGAAGACAAACGUUCUGAAGAUGGAGUCCCUGACCAUCGCAUUCCAUACCAACGGUCUGAUCCUGGAACUGUGAAGUCCCUUUAAAUGCAUGUGAUGAGAUUUUGUCUGUAAUGAUCUCUGAUAAGAGUAUAUUAUGCUUCUUACUUUUCUGGUGAGAUAAUUAGAAAACAUAACAGGAAAUUACCAUACAUAGGUUAUUCCA